CGGCGAAGUGGGCGGGGGUCGUGCCGGAGCGUUGCGGCUGGUGUAGAAUAUACUUUUCUCCUACGAGAUGAGUAACAGUCACCCUCUGCGGCCUUACACAGCAGUAGGGGAAAUUGACCAUGUUCACAUUCUGUCUGAUCAUGUUGGUGUUCUCAUGAAUGGGGAGGAGUACAGCGAUGUUACCUUUAUAGUAGAAAAGAAACGUUUUCCUGCACACAGAGUGAUUCUGGCAGCGAGAUGUCAGUAUUUCAGAGCAUUGCUGUAUGGUGGGAUGCGUGAAUCUCAGCCUGAAGCAGAAAUUCCUCUCCAGGACACCACUGCAGAAGCCUUUACAAUGUUACUAAAAUAUAUUUACACGGGCCGUGCCAUAUUAAGAGAUGAGAAGGAGGAGGUACUCUUAGAUUUCUUGAGUUUGGCUCAUAAAUACGGAUUUCCAGAACUGGAAGAUUCCACCUCUGAAUAUCUUUGCACCAUCCUUAACAUUCAGAACGUUUGCAUGACCUAUGAUGUUGCAAGUCUCUAUUCACUUCACAAACUGACCUGUAUGUGCUGCAUGUUUAUGGACAGAAAUGCUCAAGAGGUGCUGUCUAGCGAAGGCUUCUUGUCACUUUCUAAGGCAGCUCUUCUUAGUAUUGUACUGAGAGAUUCAUUUGCAGCUCCUGAAAAGGAUAUUUUCCAAGCCUUGGUGAACUGGUGCAAACACAACCCCAAGGAAAAUCACAGUGAAAUAAUGCAGGCAGUACGCUUGCCAUUGAUGAGUUUGACAGAGCUUUUAAAUGUUGUAAGGCCUUCCAAAUUGCUCUCGGCUGAUGCGAUUUUGGAUGCAAUUAAAGUUCGAUCGGAAAGUCGGGACAUGGACCUCAACUAUAGGGGCAUGUUAAUACCUGGUGAAAACAUUGCCACUAUGAAAUAUGGAGCGCAAGUGGUUAAAGGGGAAUUGAAAUCUGCUUUGUUAGAUGGAGACACGCAAAAUUAUGAUUUGGAUCAUGGAUUUUCCCGGCAUCCAAUUGAUGACGACUGCCGUUCUGGUAUUGAAAUUAAAUUAGGUCAACCAUCAAUAAUUAACCACAUACGAAUACUGCUUUGGGACCGCGAUAGCAGAUCUUACUCCUAUUAUAUUGAGGUGUCCAUGGAUGAGCUGGACUGGAUUCGUGUAAUUGAUCACUCCAAAUAUCUCUGUCGUUCAUGGCAAAAACUGUAUUUUCCAGCCCGGGUCUGCAGGUAUAUCAGAAUAGUUGGAACACACAACACCGUGAACAAAGUUUUCCAUAUUGUGGCUUUUGAGUGCAUGUUUACCAACAAAACUUUUACUCUUGAGAAAGGUCUGAUAGUUCCCACUGAGAAUGUUGCAACAGUUGCAGACUGUGCCAGUGUGAUUGAGGGCGUAAGCCGAAGUCGCAAUGCUUUGUUGAAUGGAGACACAAAGAAUUAUGAUUGGGAUUCUGGAUAUACAUGCCAUCAGCUAGGCAGUGGUGCGAUCGUAGUACAGCUGGCACAACCUUACAUGAUUGGAUCAAUUCGGUUACUUCUCUGGGAUUGUGACGACAGAAGCUACAGUUACUAUAUCGAAGUUUCUACUAACCAGCAGCAGUGGACCAUGGUGGCUGACAGAACAAAGGUUUCCUGCAAAUCUUGGCAAGUUAUAAGUUUUGACAGACAACCAGCAUCUUUUAUCAGAAUUGUUGGAACUCACAACACAGCUAAUGAGGUGUUUCACUGUGUUCAUUUUGAGUGUCCGGCCCAAACUGUUGCCCACAAGGAAGAAGCCAGUGAAGAUGACAUGGGCACAGGCGGACAGCAGCUGGCAUCCCAUCCUCCUCGAGCUUCAAGCACCAGUUCUGUGCAGUUCCUCCCAGGAGCCACCUCACAUUCAUAGCCUAACCAACUAGAAAAGAGAGACAUGUGUUUCCACCCCAGUGCCAUGAUCAAAUUGUUCACCACCACCUUGUUGGAGCAUCUUAGUUCUCUGAAUGGACAUAGGGGACCAUGUGUGGCAGUUGGAGAUGUUCAAAAGAAAAAGGCUUCUGAGAGACACAGUGGGGCUGCUCCACUCUUUGUGUAUAGUACAAAUCAUGAUGAUGUGUGGGGCAAAAAAUUGGCAUUCAUUUUUUUCACUUUUCCUGUUUAUACCCUACCUCCUUAAAUCUUACUAAGGCAGGAAACAUAUAACAAACAAACAAAAAGCAAAGCCAAACUGUUAGUACAGAUAUGCCAUAUGAACAAUAAGAGAAAGUGUGCUUACAGAAGGCACUUGUUAGGAAAUAAGUCUUCCCUCCGAGGCUAUAUGGAAAAUGUGUUGACAGAAAAUAUAUUAUUUUAAUUAUUUAAUUUAUUCUUGAUCCAUAUUUCUUUGUACAGUUUAAGCCAUUUUCAACUAGUGUAUUCAUUUGCUUGCCUUUACUGACUUUCCUCUAGUUUUUUUUAAACGUUUCCUUGCUUACCAUGCUACAUCUAUUUGAUAAGAGGUGGGUAUGCAAUAAUUACUCCAUUACUUGCUUUUGAUAAGGAAAACCCCUUAAGGAGAUUGUGCACAAAACAAAUUAGUCAAGGAUACUGAAUUGUUAUUCUGAAUAUUUUACAUGAGUAACAGAAUGUUUAUUUUUACUAGUGUGUGAAACUGAUAGCCAGAUUCUUAAAUUAGGCAACAAAUGUUGGAAGUGAUUAAAUCAUGAUCACUUAUCUUGUCACAUAUUGACAAUAAUCAAUUUAGAUUUCCUAAUAUCUUUUUUGUGCAUGUUAAAAAAUAGACUGCUGAUGUGUCAGCUAAUUUUGGUAUUGAUCAGAGAGGGCAAUACAAUGCUAGCAAUUUAUUGUUCAGUAUUUGCUUAAAAACAGAUUAUUUUAUUCCAUUAGGGAUUUAAAAAAACACUUCUAAGAAGCUUUUUGCACAAUCUCCUUAAAUAUAAAUUUUAUUGCUAGUUAGAGUUUGUUUGUGUUUUAAGUAAUUUAUACCACAGCAGUAGCUGUCCUUUGUAGCUUAAAAUCAGAUUAUCUGUUUGAUUAUUCUAAAUAUCACAUUCAGCAAUCCCCCACCUCCAGUGUGUACAACAUUCAGUUGUUUUGUUCAUUCAUUCCUGCUGUAUUUGCCAGUGAAAGAGACAGUCUUCAUUUACACACAAGCAUCAGUGCGGUUGGGAAGCAUUGCAUGGGUCAAUAAGGAUGUGACUUCAGAGAAUAUUAUUGUCUGCUCAAGUAAAGUGCAAAUUGUUUAUUUGGAUUAUAGUGCCCUUUAAAGAAUAAUGUAGUCAUGCUGCUUGGCCUCAAGUGCUUGCCUUCUACUGAAUGCUGAUCUUGAUAAAGCUAGGAAGGAAAGGAAGCAUUAUGGCUACAGACCAUUAAAGGGCUUCUUGACUUUUUUUACCCCUGAUUGCAGCUCAGCUUUAGUUUUGUCUUCUGUAAUUAUUUGUUUUUUACCUGCCAUUGCCUAACCGAGUUACAAGAGAAGUGCAGUGCAAGUACACAGGGAUUAGUUUUGGGAGGGAGAAAUAAAGAAUGCAAAGGUGACAGGCAGUACCUGACAUUGCAUUAGGGUUGCCAGCCUCCAGGUAGUG